AUGCAGAAACCUUGCGCAAGCUGCAAUUCACCAGGACGUGGCGUUGAUGAGGUGCGUUUAAAAAAUUCUACUAAUAGCCUUACAGAUAUGAAGAAAAUUAUACAAUCCAAAUUCGACCAUAUGGAGAUUACGAACCGUGCACACGCGUCGCUGUCGCCCGAUGUGGACACGAAGCCAGAGCCAUCGGCAGUCCAGCCGCCGUUGCCGUUAGUUCCACCGCCCCCAGAUGAGCCAUGGAUGCCAGUGACCGUUAAACAAGAAGUUGAAGACUACGACUACAAGGAUACAUCUUUGACGAUUGAGCCGAAAACCGAAAUUCCCGAAAAGGUGAAGCAGAAAGUAUGUCGAGAUUUUAUACGUGGCACUUGCAAGCGAGUAGGCUGCAGAUUUACUCACAAAUAUGAAUUGUCAGAACUUGUGGGUAUAUACACAUUUUGUAGAGAGUUUCAAACGAAACGGUGCACUCGCGUCCACUGUAAGUACGUCCACGCUGAUGUCUUUGAAGAACAGAACUUCUAUAGAACGGGUUAUUUGCCGGUCCAUGCUUUUGCACAUCAGAAAAAAGCGGAACCGAGCACACCGCCGUCCCAAGUUGUAAGUCCGGCGAUGCCUCCUCCCCCGCCUCCACCUCCACCACCUCCGGAAGAAACGCUACCUAUGCCUCCAGAAUACUUGUUCAAAAUCCCUCCACCUCCCCUACCAGUGGAACCCUCGACUUCAAGUUUAGAGUCACCGGUACUUGACAUUCUUCAAACCGGUAUAAGACGACCAUGGGACGCCCUAGAGUCUAUAUCUUUGUAUAAUUCAGAGACUUCAAGUCCCCCAAAGAAAUGCAACCAUUGCCCAAUAAUGGAAUUUUGUGAACAGCAUAGUAAGAGUAAACUUGAAAAGAUGGAUCAAGACAUAGCAAAUAUCAAUAGUAAAAUAGAUAGGCUCGAUGAAAAGAUUCUUAAAAUGGACGAAAUUAUCGUCACCUGUCUAGGCAAUAAACAGUCACCAUAUUUGACUAAUCCAUAUUGGUAG